UAUUAAAAAUUAGAAGUGCAAAAUGAUUUAGUUUCAAAGGAAGAAACCAGAAAUGGGCAACUCUCAAUCUCCUCCUGCAAAUCCUCGCUUCACUUCUGCCACCAGAGCUUUUACUCCACAUGAACUUGAUCACCUCAAAUCACUUUUUGCUUCUUUGGCUUCUCAAUCAAAUAGCAAUGCUAAAUCCAUCUCCCUCUCUGUUUUUCAGGCAUAUUUUGGAUUGAAAAGUUAUCUAGGUGAGAGAUUAUUCAAUUUAGUUAUCCAGAAGCGAAAAGAUGACAAACUCAUAUUUGAAGACCUUGUAAUUGCUAAAAGCAUUUAUGAGAAAGGUACAAGAGAUGAAAUUGAGGAGUUUAUUUUUCAAUUAGUCGACGUAAAUGAUGAUGGUGUUGUUGCAAGGUCUGAUCUAGAAUCAGUUGUAAAUGCAAUUUUGAAGAGUGUUUUUUCUGAAGAUGGAUCAAGUUCUUAUCUGAAUGUUAUUAAGGUAUUUCUUAAUGCUGCAACUUUCUCAAAGGAUAUUCAAGGAGGUGCUGAAAAAAGUAUGUCUUUUGAGGACUUCAGAAGUUGGUGUGGUCUUCUACCAUCAGUCAGGAAGUUCCUUGGAAGCUUAUUGGUUCCACCUGAAGCAGGGAGACAAGGUUCCCAAGUUCCUCAAUUGGUUCAUGGGGAAAAUGUUGAUCCUAAUAUGGUAAUAUUGAGGAAGGAAUAUGCUUGGCAUUUAGGAGGAGCCCUUCCCCAGCAGGAGUUAGAGGAAUGGAAACUUUUGUACCACAGUGCUUUUAAUGGCCUAAGCUUCAACACAUUCUUGGGCAGUGUAUCAAAUAGCGAAGGGCCAACAAUUUUGAUUAUUAAGGAUAAAGAAGAUUGCAUAUAUGGAGGUUAUGCUUCUCAGCCUUGGGAUAGACAUGGUGAUUUCUAUGGAGAUAUGAAGUCUUUUCUCUUUCAGCUAUAUCCUAGGGCCUCAAUUUUCAAGCCUACUGGAGCAAACAACAAUGUACAAUGGUGUGCAUUGAAUUUUAGUUCAGAAAGCAUCCCGAACGGGAUUGGCUUUGGAGGGCGUGCAAACCACUUUGGUCUCUUCCUCUCAGCAAGCUUUGAUCUAGGGCACACAUUCACCUGCACAACAUUUGGCAGCCCUUCCCUCUCUAAGACCAACACUAUAUUCCCGGAAGUCAUAGAGUGCUGGGGAAUUACUCAUAGAGGAGCACAGCAAGAAAAGCAGGACGCGAUAAAAGGUACAGUUUUGGAAAGAUUCAAGGAAGACCGCCACAUGCUCAACAUGGUUGGGCUUGCAAAUUCAAGCGAAUGAAUCUGGUAAAUUUGCAGCACCAAGAUAAUGUAUUUGAACAGACACAUACUGCCACAGGAGGCACUUUUGACUGAGUUAAUUAUUGGUUUGAAAAGGCUUAAGAAACUUUUACAGUUUGCCUGUAUCUUUCUGAAACCAAAGUUGUCCCUUACCAAUCCAAUCCAAAUACAAUGUACACAAAUACAAUGUUAAGAAUUAAUUUAGUUAUGCUGUGAAAUCUUUUUUUUCUA